GAUCUCCUCCUGUCACUGUCACUCAAAAAAGUCUCGUUUCACUCGGAAUGAUAUCAUUCCGGGAUUUAAAAUGCAAAUAAAACAUUAGCUAAAAUUGGGGCACAAAUUUAACAUGAAAUCAUGGCCGACCGCCUCCGUCAGAUCGCUCAAAGGCUGAAAGACAAGGUACAUUUGCCGCAGCUGACCACCACCGGCAGGGAGAAGGUUGAUCAGAUGCUGACCAAGUAUGCCCCUGCCAAGAGAGUCAGUGACAUCGCAGAGCGAUUCAAACAUGAGACGAUCUCUAGAAGAGUCCAGGAGUUGGUGUCCCGCUAUGAAAAGUUCACGGGGGUUGAGGAGAUCAUGGCCAUUCAAAACACAGUCGUAGAAGCACAAGAGCGGUUUAUGGUGGCGCAAGAGCGGCGGCGCGAGCUCGGCAGGCAGGUGUCGGACGUGGAGGCGCGUUUGAAGGAACUCCACUCCGAGAUACAAAAUACCAUGAAGGGAGACGACAAGUAUCUUCAGCUGUGCACUGAGGAGCAUAAGCUAAUCCUCCAAGAGCGGGCGCUCCGAGCGUUAUUUUCUGACGCGGAGCGGGAAGAGCGCGAGUUAUUCGCGACCAUGUCGGCAGCUGUCAAGCUGGGACACGAGAGAGAAAGAGCUCACGCUGAAAGGAACAAGUACUGGUACAUCGUCGCGUCUAUAUUUGGCACAGUACUCGGCAUCGCCGGCUCCACCAUCAACAACCGUCUAAAGAUGGCGGAGUUCCGGGAUAUGAUGGAACAGCAGAUGGCCAGGAGUGCGAGCGUGUUGUACACCAUCGCCGGGGGAGGCACCGCCAAUAAGUCAGAUAUCGCUGACGCUAUGAAGACUGAGUUCGCUUACCAGGUCAGUGGUCAGCAGGUUACUGAUCAUCGACAGGAACAACUAGCACAGAAUCUGAGACUGAUGCAGGAGAACAUCGACCAUCUAGUCAACAAGCAGACGUCGCUUAUAGAUCACAUUACACACCAAGAACACGUCAUAGAUAACCAACUGCGGGACCUCAAGAAAUUAGUGCUGGCCGCGUCGCAAGUCAGCGCAAAAUCCGACGCGGAAAUAGCCAAAGCAUUAUCCGUAGUCCACCAAGACCUGGACGACGCGGAAAAAGAAAGGGAGGUCGAAGAAAAGAAAAUAUCCUUCGAACCCAACCAAAUUCUAACAGGCAUCGGCGUUAUCAUGUGUGCGGCCAUCAUUUUCGGCAAUAUCAUAGGCAGAGUCAGUUGAUUCCAUUGCUGUCACAAAAAAAGUAAAAAGUCAAAUUUUGUAAACAUCAUAGGCAGAAUUGGACUAUUCCAUUGCUGUAUCACAAAAAAAGUAAAAAGUCAAAUUUUGUAAUUGACGUUUGUAAUAAUUCAAAAAGUUUUUUAUACAGUUUAAAUCUUACUGGUUUUUGCAACUUUAGUAGUACAGUAGUGCUUAUUUAUUAUUGUGAAACUAUUUAUUGUUGAAUCGUCUGUAUGUAUACUAAAGUUGCUUGAAUUUUUGAGAUCUAAAUACCGCAAAUGUUACCUCGCUUUUAUACUGUGCAAUAUCCAAUAAUACAAUUAAAAUAUUUUUCCUCUGACGCAUGUUAAUUUUGUCGUUUUAAGGAGAUUUUUUUAUUGGAUUUAUAAGAAAUUACCUUCAAAAACGCCUGUUAAGAAAACAAGGGGCAUGGAUAUUUUUCGACAAUAUUAUUUGAGUGAUAGAAAACGUUUUUCAAAUGGGGAAACUUCAGUGAUUUUAUAGUGAUAAUUAUAAUAUCCAAAUAUUAGCAUGUAGUACUUAAGUUGCGAAUACAUAAGUUUAAAAAAGUUGGAUAUUUUAUUCGAAAACUUUUUUUUAACAAUGCAUAGAUCUUCAAAAAGUUAUAAUAAUUGUGACUAAGUUCAAUCUCUUUUUUAUUUCUUGCCAGUGAUUUAUAUUAGUACCCAUGGAGCUUUUUAUACAUUAAUAUUUUGUUUCCCAACAAAAAUAAAGUAGGUGCAAUAUGGAAAGAAAAAAAUAAACAAACCAUAGAUACUUAAUCUAUGGACAAACUAAGUAUCAUUGUAUAAUGGCAUCUAUAGCACAUGUAUACGGUUGAUUUUAGGGUGCAGUCCUGUUGUCCCCCCUGCUUGGCCCCCCUAGGGGAGCCAACAGGAUUUCGAAAUCCUGUUGUCCCCCCUGGCUAGGGGAGACAACAGGACUAGAUUUUUAAUCAAUGAUUUGAGGACUGUUGUCCCCCCUGGCAAAAAUUAUUUAAAAGCCAUAAAUUUUUAUAGCAUAAUUUAUGAAAAACUGAAGUAUUUGACUGAAUGCCAAAUUGCCAAACUGAAUACCUAAACGUUUGUCUUAGUUUGUCAAGGUAAUAGCUAAUUACAAUUUUGAUAGAUAUUGGUGCCGGCCGGUAUUAACUAACACUUACAAACUUGAAAUUUGGCAGGUAGGUUUCCUUAUAGGGUGUAGAUAUCCACUAAGAACGGAAUUUAUUUAUUAAAGGAUUGAAAAUAAUAUGACGAAAUCGCGGGCGGCUGCUAGUUGAAUCACUGUCACUGAGCAAGUAAUUUGUUGAAUAUUAUUUAACUAGCUGUGCCCGCGACUUCGUAUGCAUUAAAACCCGUUUUCGCAACAUUUUUCAUUUUUGCUCUGCACCUAUUACUCGUAGCGUGAUAGUAUAUAGCCUAUAGCGUUCCUCAAUAAAUGGGCUAUCUAACACUGAAAGAAUUUUUCAAAUCGUACCGAUAGUUCCUGAGUUUAGCGCGUUCAAGUAAACAAACAAACUCUUCAGCUUUAUACAAAUACAAAAUAAUAAGUAUAGAUUUAAAAUUAAUCAGUUUUAGCAUCCUACCUACUAAAUUUAAUGUUGUAAGUAAAUGCGGAACUUUGUGAGUAUGGAUGUUUGAUACUCUUUCACGUAAAAACUACUAAACGGAUUUUUACUUACACUUGAUAAACUUUACAGUACCUAGAUAAUAUUUUUUAUACAUGAGAAUAGCAUAAUAGAGAUACUUAGCUUUUGCCUACGGCUUUGUCCGCUAUAUGUUUAUAUUUAUUUAUAAAAAAAGAUAAAGUUACUUUCGCAUUUAUAAUAUUAUUUAGUAGGGAUAAUUCAUAACGAUUCUGUCAAAAGCAAGUAAAGCAGAUUUUGAAAUAGUCUGAAAUAGUACCGGUACCAAGAACUUAUAUUUUUUUCGUUAUCCAAAUGUUAAUUAUUAUUUGACAUACGUUUAGGUAUUCAGUUUGGCAAUUUGGCAUUCAUUCAGGUACUCCAGUCCUUCUUAAAUGUUAUAAAAUUUUAUGGCUUUUAAAUAAUUUUUGCCAGGGGGGACAACAGUCCUCAAAUCAUUGAUUAAAAAUCUAGUCCUGUUGUCUCCCCUAGCCAGGGGGGACAACAGGAUUUCGAAAUCCUGUUGGCUCCCCUAGGGGGGCCAAGCAGGGGGGACAACAGGACUGCACCGAUUUUAGCACGUCUCUUGUAGUUAUGUUAAUACUUAAUUAUUCCAAAAAUAUAUUAACAGUUGAUUGAUUAUUGAUAUGGUUUUGAGGCAAUAUAACAUUCGUUUAUAAA